CCCUAGUGACACGUACGUCGUACGUUGUUUGUUUGUCGCAUCUUCAAUUUCUCGGUCCUUGUCCGAUGCAAACAACUGUCAGUUUUGGUCAGUUCCGUAGAAAACAGUUCGAGACAUUUCACAACGGCCAAGAUCAUGUUCCUUCAUUCUUUAAUUCCGAGAAUCCUGGGCCUUCUGCUACUGAUUUCACCGUCUUGGACCGCUGAUCCAACGUGUUUCCAGCCAGGAUUUUGCGCCAAUAGCUUUGCCAUUGACGAGCCCUCGACUGCCGAUGCGAUUGAAUGUCUUUUGGCAUGUCAAGCUAACCCUGAAUGCCAAUGGUUCUCGUUCUUCGGACAAGUUAGGCAUUGCGCCUUACUCACAGAAUGCAAGGAGUUCAAGCCUGACCAGGCCAAUGUUAUUUCUGGGGCCAAGGAUUGCGAAAUCCCACCCCAGAUUUGUGGUCAAGCUGGGAAAUGUGAGGAGACCGCUAUGAUAUUCUCCAAUGUCUCAGUCAGUGUUGACGCUUGUGGAAAUCGAUGCCAACUUUGGGACGACUGCAGAUUCUACUCAUAUGAAACAGCCAAUGAUAUUUGUCAAUUAUUCAGUGCUUGUGAGAGUUUUGAUGAUUCUGCUUUCAUCACAAAUGCGAGGCAUUGCGAAAUUCAGGAUGUCCCUUUGUUAUUAUUGGCUAAUGGGUUUCCGGCGUACCGCAAGGUGUCUGUUUUGGACCUCUCCCAAAGCUUGGACGAAGACCAACCCGACAUCUCCCCACCAGAUGAAUACAUCAUUGGCGUUGAAGGUGCCUCUGGAUUUGUUAUGCAAGAUCGACCAACAGUGUGUGGUGGUGAAGGCUAUGGCAUUGUUUGGGAACGUUGUUUCCAACUGGAUCCAGAAAGCCAAGAGUGGCUGGAAAUCGCAGCCAUGUCUGUUCAACGGUUUCAGGCGCCCUCAGUGGCAUUCACGCCAAACAGCCUUGGCCAGGAAGUGGCUUGGAUCCUGGGGGGCAUUGGGAACGAAUCUCAGUAUUGGACCUCCACAGAAAUCCUCCAAGAUGGAACUUUCAGUCUUGGACCUGACCUACCAACCCCUCUUCAUGGAGCAUGUGCCUUGACUUGGGACCAUAAUGACGUGUGGGUAAUUGGUGGCUCUUCUGACAAGGAUCUGGCAUUAAAAGGCACGCUUCGCUUUUCUUGGUCAGAGGGUCAAUGGACCUCAGGCCCUGACUUGAAUGUCGGUCGCUUCGGGCAUGCAUGUUUGGUCAGGGAUGGCAAAGUGAUUGUGGCUGGAGGGCUAAAUGCGGACUUGGAACCCAUUGACUCCGUUGAAAUGCUUGAUAAUGGAGUUUGGACGGAGGUGGCCAAACUUCCUUUUCCGGUCUCGGGCGCCAGCUUGUUCGAUUUGAACGGGGAGGUCAUUUUCUUAGGAGGUGUUAACUCAGAAGGGAAGUUUCUGGAUUCCGUUUUCCAUAUGAAAACCGAUCACUGGACCAAACUUAUCGAAACAUUCGAAUAUGCCAGAGAAUUCUUUAAUGUGUUCUUUCAUCGAGUUUGAGCGUUUUAGUGUAUUAUCUCACUCAAUUGUAAAAAAUAAGAAACGUAUGCGCAAAGCCAUGGCAAAAGUCACCAAACCUUAAAUAAAACUUUCUUAAUUUUUGGACAACAAA